CGGUGUGGGGGAGAGGCGGCUCCGAGGUCCGCCGCACAGCGUGACGUCUGGUGAACGCGGCUCCGGAGCCUCGGAGAGGGCGGGACCAGGGCCUCCCAGUACCGUUAGGCCACUUACAGUGGAGGACGAGCUAACGGGACAGCCGCACGAGCCAACCACAGCCGGAGCUCUCAGGCUGGACCUGGGUGGAGACUUCAGGCUCUGCGGUUGCAGGUACCUCUACCUCCAAGAGUGCCAGAGAAGUACCAGAUGCUCAAUGGUCACUUUCUCAGAUUGGGAAAUGUUUACACCAACCAAAGGGGAAACUUAUGUAAUUGCCACUGGUGAAUGGGAUACCAAAAGAUUGGUGAGCCUGAAGUUUUAAGAACAGGUGGAAUUGGAUAUGGCUAAUUCAUAUGAUUUCAAUGAACAAAACUCAUGGAAUGGAAUCUCAUCUGAAAAGAAGAAUUUCCUUGCAUCAGAAGAUCAUGGACAGAAAAUUUUAAGUGUACUACAGAGUUUUAGAGAACAGAAUAUCUUUUAUGAUUUCAACAUAGUCGUGAAAGAAGAAAUAAUCCCAUGUCAUCGGUGUGUGUUGGCAGCUUGUAGCGACUUUUUCAGGGCUAUGUUUGAAGUAAAGAUGAAAGAAAGAGAUGAUGGAUGUGUUACCAUUACUAACUUGUCCUCCAAAGCAAUAAAGGCAUUUCUUGACUACGCCUAUACCGGAAAAACAAGAAUAACAGAUGAUAAUGUAGAAAUGUUUUUUCAGUUAUCAUCCUUUCUUCAGGUUCCCUUUUUGUCAAAAGCUUGCAGUGACUUUUUAAUAAAAAGCAUUAGUCUCGUCAAUUGUUUGCACUUGUUAUCUCUCUCAGACAGCUAUGGCUCUACACAUUUGUUUAAUCAGGUUUUAUGCUUUGUACAGCAUCACUUUCAUUUGUUAUUUAAAUCCAGAGAGUUUUUAGAGAUGAAUUUUGGAGUGCUGCAGAAGUGUCUGGAGUCAGAUGAGUUAAAUGUGCCAGAAGAAGGAAUGGUCUUGAAGGUUGUCAUUACAUGGAUCAAAUACAACUUAGAGUCCAGGCGAAAGCACCUGCCUCACUUGAUUACAAAAGUAAGGCUACAUCAGUUAUCCGAGGACACACUUCAAGACUAUCUGCUCAAUGAGGAGUGUUUACUCAAAAGCACAAACUGUUUUGACAUAAUCGUGGAUGCCAUUAAGUGUGUGCAAGUUUCUAGUGGCCUCUUCGCUGAUGCCCGACCAUCCACAACUGAAAAAUAUAUAUUUAUCCAUAAAACUGAGGAAAAUGGAGAAAAUCAACAUACAUUUUGCUAUAACAUUAAAAGCGACUCAUGGAAAAUACUGCCACAAUCACAUCUGAUUGAUUUGCCAGGAUCUAGUCUGUCUAGCUAUGGAGAGAAAAUAUUCUUGAUGGGUGGCUGCAAAGGGAAGUGCUGUAGGAAGAUUCGACUUCAUAUUGCUGAGUCUUAUCAUGAUGCCACUGACCAGACCUGGUGCUACUGUCCAGUCAAAAAUGAGUUUUUCUUGGUUUCAACCAUGAAAACCCCAAGAACCAUGCAUACAUCAGUCAUGGCUGUUAGUCGAUUAUUUGUUAUAGGUGGAAAGACUAGAGGAUCCCGGGACAUUAAGAGUCUUUUAGAUGUUGAAUCUUUUGAUCCACUAUCCAAAGAAUGGAUAUCAGUUAGCCCUUUACCAAGAGGUAUCUAUUACCCAGAAGCCAGUGCAUGCCAGAAUGUCAUUUAUGUUCUUGGAUCCGAGGUAGAGAUUGCAGAUGCUUUUAACCCAUCACUUGAUUGUUUUUUUAAAUACAAUGCUACAACUGACCAGUGGUCUGAACUAGUAGCAGAGUUUGGACAGUUCUUUCAUGCUACUUUAAUUAAAGCUGUCUCAGUAAACUGCACCCUGUAUAUAUGUGACCUUUCCACCUAUAAAGUAUACAGUUUUUGUCCGGAUACUUGUGUUUGGAAAGGAGAGGGCUCUUUUGAAUGUGCAGGCUUUAAUGCAGGUGCAAUAGGGAUUGAGGAUAAGAUUUACAUAUUAGGUGGAGAUUAUGCACCAGAUGAGAUCACAGAUGAAGUGCAAGUUUACCACAGCAGCAAGUCAGAGUGGGAAGAGGUGUCACCAAUGCCAAGAGCCUUAACCGAAUUUUACUGCCAAGUUAUUCAGUUCAACAAGUAUAGGGACCCAUGGUUUUCUAAUCAUUUGUAAAAGUAAUAUUUGCUUGAGUAGUCUAAAAUGAUACCUAGGAGAAUUAGUAAAACAAAUUAGCACAAUAAAAUAUUCCUUCUAUUGAAGAAUGACUAUAGAUGUAUGGUGUCUAUAAGUAGACAGUUUCCAGAAAAUUAAAAUAUAGAGUAUAUUUUACCAAAGUUACAUUGAAUGUGAAUAGUUCAGAAUACUUAGUAUUUUCUUAUGUAAAUAAAAAUUACAGGUUUAGGUAAAAGUUGGCAAAGAAAAGUCGGUGUUCAUAAAUGUUCAUGGAGAAUUAUUUUUGUAUAUAACCGGUAGCUUCAGUACAAUUUCAGGAUUUAAUUAGUACCUUACCAUUUUCCUACCAUGGGUUCUAAUCAAGCACCAUGUUGUUUUACAACUUUAGUAAAUUCUAAGUGAAUCAUCCGAAAAAUUACAGAAUUUCUGAUAUCAGUAGUUUAAAAAUCUAUGUCUUUGUCAACUUCAACCAGAGCAUGACCAUCCUUGUUCCUGAGCAAGGUCAUUCUGUUUUGCAAGAAGCAUGCUUAUUUAAUUGCUCUAAGAGAUACUGCCAAUUUAGGUUUUAAGACACCUGAUUCAUAUCUUAGGCAUUAUGUAGAUCAAACAACUUAGAAUUAGUGUAAUUUCCUGCACUACAUUAUAAAUAUUAAUUUGUAGUAAGUGUAGAGUUAAGAUUAUCCAAAAUGAAAGUUCUUUGAUUUUAUCACACAAAUUUCAGAUGUAUUUUCAAAGUAUAUUUGCAUGCAGCUUCAAAACCAAACUCUCAGAUAUCAACUACACGGUAUUCAGAACAAUCAGUACCUAGUUUUAAGCACACAGACUGGUUGGCUCUGCCAUUUUCCUUCAUGUCUACUUAAGAAAAAAACUUAAGGGUUGCUUCUCUGGCAUUCUUUGAGAAAGCAGGUAACAAUUAGUAAUCUAUGCAGAGCUGUUACAUAUUUCUUAGUAAAGUAUGCUUAAAUAAUGUCAUCAGUAAAUCUAGGAAUUACUCAUUUCUUCCAUACACACACACACACACACACACACACAUAUAUAUGUAUAUAUAUAUGUAUAUAUAUAUAUAUAUAUAUAUAUAUAGAGAGAGAGAGAGAAACUAAAUUAAAAUAAUCCCCCCCCCCCAACACUGUUACAUUCCCCAAUCCUUUUUAUUUCUACUAUUCUCUGUGAUAAUGUCCUUGACAUCAAGACCCAACUGGUCUACUUUGUAUUUGUUUUCUUUGCUUAUACUGGUUCUUUGUUAUAUUGCUGUUUCCUUUUUUAAAAAUACGGUCAUUCCUUGCCAUCUCUGUACAUCUACAUCUUGUGCUUUUUCCAUUUUUCAUUAUGAAGAAAAUACUUUCUCCAGUCAUAAAACCCAGGCUCUUCAUUUCUUUAUCACCACAACAACAGGCUUGGCUCUACUAACUGAUCCCAAACUUUGUAUUUCCUUGUCAUGCUUUCACUUCGUCUAACUGCCACAAAGAGGAAAAUGGUCCUGUGUUCAGAAUCUCUAGAAAUCUAUCCAUACUGGAUAGAACUUUGCUCCAUGACUAAACUGGUGCAUCCAGUGCACUGUGGCCUUGCAACCUAAGAACAUAAUGUAUCACUCUGGCUUUCUUCAUUCUGGUUUUCUAAUAUGCAAAUCUUUGUGAUCACUGAGGUCUAUUCUCAGAAUAUAGCACCCUUCUAUGAUGUCUUCUUUUAGUUCUCUUUUUUUUUUCUUUUUAAAGUCACUCUUCCUUUCAUGUUGACAUUCAGCCAGGACUAUAUUGUAAUGGCUAAAUAAUUGACCUCACUAUCCAGACUGCUGGCAUUCUUGUGGGGGAAAAAAUGUCUAACAUUUCUCCAUUAUUUUUGUCUUACCCUACCUCAUUAGGAGUAAGCAUCCAGAAAUAUUUGAAUAUUAUCUCUUAAAAUUGAAAGCAUGUAUAUGGCAUUGUUAAAUAUAGAAAAGGGUUAACAUAUGAAAUAAAUUUAGAGUUAUUGGACAUUCUUGUUGUGGUCUUUAAACUUAAGUUAAAAUGCAGUGUACCGGGCGGUGGUGGUGCACGCCUUUAAUCCCAGCACUCGGGAGGCAGAGGCAGGCGGAUCUCUGUGAGUUCGAGACCAGCCUGGUCUACAAGAGCUAGUUCCAGGACAGGCUCCAAAGCCACAGAGAAACCCUGUCUCAGAAAAAAAAUAAAUGCAGUGUACCUUUGUUCAUAUACAGUCUUGAGGAAGAGUAUUUGCAUAACCAAAAUUAACAAAUCUCAUAACACUUAACUCUAUUGGUAAGGAAAGAAAUAUUUACCAGAGCAACAUUCAUUGCAUUCUUUACUCAUGAAAGCUGGAUUAUUUGAGGGCAACCACACAUUGCAACUAAAUUCCAUCUUUUCAUAUAAAAUUGAAUAUGUAGUCAUUGUGUUUGGCUCAAGGAUACAUUUAACAACCAAAGUCUAAGACAGAGAUAUAGAUCCGUUUUGUAUUUUGAUAUUUGAAAGCAAUAUAAUGAUUGCAGGCAUAUAUGAAUACAGAACAUUACUUUGGGAUCAUUGUUCUCAGAUUAAUUGGGUCCAUUGUUCUGGAAGUUUUUCUGCUGUAUUUAAAAUUAUUAUUUUAAAUUAUUUUUAUUAUUAAAAUUAUUAUAAAAUUAUAUUAAAAUUAUUAUUUAAAAAUAUUAGUUUCUAAAACAUCUCCAAGAAAGCAACUUCAGAGGUGAGCCCUUUAAAAUAGGGGCUAGACUCUAUAGGAAAGCAGACCUCUGUUCACUGUAAGAAACAGCAAUUGCACAUUAUAAUGUCCCAAGGUUGAGACUAUUACUACACAUUUUAACUAUUCUGAUUUAACUUGUUUACAUACUUGAGAAUUUUAAAAAAUAGGACUUGAUUUUAUGGACGGGAAAUUUUCUCUGUCCUUCUCUCACUCCUUCUCCAUGUUUCUUCCAUUCUUCUUUCUUUCCUACUUCCACACAGAAAAAAACAUUAAACUGAGUAAAAACACAAAGACAAGAAGCAAAACUUUAUGAAUUAUUUCCCUGACACAGUACUUCUAAAAACGACUUAUAUAAACAGAAAUGGUGAUUGCCUACCUUUAUAUCUUAAAAUUUAAAGUAUGUUUAAAGAUUAAAUAUGAUGACCUAAUGCCUACUCAAAUUAAUAACAAAGUUGAGAAUUUAAUCAAGGAGUGAUACUACUGUUCGUUUACAAAAUGUUACCUCUUCUAAGUUAGAAUUAUACAUUCAAAGUGUAAAUAAUCUUGGAAUAAAAUAUGGGGAAAAUCUUUCUAAUAGACAUUUCAGAUAAAUGAUUUUGUCUUAGUGUUUAUAGUUCAAUGCUUUCAGGGAUAAAGAAUUACUAUACUGUACUGAUUUCCAAGCAGAUACCUUAGAAAGUGCUGUAACAAUGAAAUUAUCUUUUGCAGUUGUAAUAAUAGCUUCAGUUCUUGCCUUAAAGUUGUUGUCUCUGCCUGUCAGUCAUUCCAAGUACUUGGAGCAGCACCAUGUCUCUUGUUGGUACAAAGUAUAUUCUCAUUUUCCUUCUUGUUGCAGAACUUAACAUAUUGACUUUUCUAUCAGUGGCCAGGUUGCAUGAUUUUUUUUUGUAAGGUUGCCACAGAGAAUUUGUCUUCAUUGUAGUACAUGUUGUUGGGUUGAGCCUGACAGCCUUUUUAGAAUCUUUCACAGGAGGACUUUACUGUCUAGUGCAAGUGAACUUGGUGGUUCAAGCAUUUCAUUCUAGUCUAGCUUUCCAAACUGUGGAUUGGGACGCUUUCACAGGGGUCACCAAAGACCAUCAGAAAACACAAAUAUUUACAUGUCAGUUUAUAAUAGUAGCAAAAUUACAGUUAUGAAGUAGCAACAAAAUAAUUUUAUGGUUGGAGAUCACCACAACAUAAGGAACUAUAUUAAAAGGUGAUAGCAUUGGGAAGGUUUAGAACCAAUGGUCUAGAGUCUUGGUAUGUAUCUUGUAAACUCUCAUCCCAUCAACAUAAUCAUAAACAUAUAUUUUGCUGGAAAAAAUAAAGGGAAAAUUUUAAUAAUAAUUUUUGUUAUUAGAUACAAUUUUCAAAAUUUUAAAAAUGCUUUAAAAGAGUUCUUCGGAAAGUAUACAAAACAGAAAUCACAGAUAACAGUUACAAUAUUAAACAGAGGACAAUUUACUCACAGAUCAAUAUAGACUAGCCAUAUAAUAAUAACAGCAUGAUAUUUUGAUAAAACAAGGCCACAAUUCCAUAAUUUUCAACCACGAAACUUUAUUCACCUCACUAACUUUGAGAAUUUUCUAACCAUACAGGUCUAACUAGCUCAACAACUUGUGCUAUUGUUCUUUAGGGUAAUGAAGUGGCUGAAAUAACUCAGAGUAUAGCCUUCUGUUAAUAAUAUCAAACUAAAUAAAUAUUUCCUUAUAUUUCUUAUCUACCUGUAACUCACAGAGACUGAGAGAUAACUUAUUUCAGAACUCAGAAAUUAGCUCAGUGCCUGUCACAGAAAUCUGUCCAAUAACCUAAUUCUAUUGAGCAAUGUGUUUAUAUAAGGCAAAAUGUAUUUAUUAGUUAUAUCAUGACUGUGAUUCUUCUGUAACUUUGGCAAAUUGUUUCCUGAAGGUGAUGUUCUAGUUUUUAAGUAAUUCUUAUAAUUUUUUUGGAGGUGAUGUUAUAGCUUCUUUCCUGAUGAUGAUGUUAUUACCCCUAAGUAAAUUUCUACCUAUUUUUCAGGUAGUUGAUAAUAAUUUAUUUUCAUACAUUUUAACUAUAAUAGUAACUAUCACAGCUAAUCCUUCAUUUCCUUUAAGUGACAAUAAUGGGUAACACACUCAGUACAAAUUCCAUUAAUAUAUCUGCAGAACCCAUUUCUCAGUGCAGUUGCUUCACUGUUGGUUUUUCCAGUUAGGAGAAGUAAUGCCCAAUGCUAUUACAUGGGUAAUAAAUUUUAUUUGUCUGUUAGUGAAAUGUGGGACUUCUGUCAUAUUCUAUGAGAAAUAAAAUCAACAUUUUUCAGGUUAGUAUUAACCUUCAUAAUUAUGUAGUAAAAUAUCUCAGUUCUAUAAAGUGUUAAUUUAUUUAAAUGUGUCACAAUUCUGUCUUGUUAUCAGAAAUA